UGCAAAAAAUUCAAUGAUCAGAUUGCCUUAAUGCUUUGUUUUUAGCAUCAGAACACUUACAAUAGUAAACUCUACACACAUACGAUCACACGCACUUUCCGGAAAUCCCUAAGCCCAAGAAAGCAAAGGAGGAAAGAUUCUAACCCAAGACCCAGCAGCACCAUGAUCUAUCUACAGCGAUGCUGCUGCUGCGUGGAUCUGCGUAUCGGCACCAUUGCAGUCGGGAUUGUACACAUUGUACUUGAUUUAUUUGGCGGUGUGUUUGUAGCCCUAUUCGGAGAGUCGGGCCACCCCGAUGUUUGCCAUCGUCUGUUCAUCAUCUUUACCAUGAUUCAUAUUCUCAGUUGCGUUUUUCUAAUCAUCGGCAGUUUUCGCUUAAGGAGCAGCUGGAUGCUGUUCUACAUACUGAUAACCAUAAUCCAGAUCCUGGCCUUGGUCAUACUGAUCAUAGCGGACAUUAUACUGAGGAUUUGGUACUGGGUGAUGCUCAUAAAUUUCUUCCUGAUACCGGUUAUCAUUUACCUCUGGCUGGUGGCCUACUCCUUCUACGCUGCCCUGGGAGGAGCUCUCUUUAUCUAACCUAAUAUACAAAUUUUACGUUAUAUAAAAUUGUACGCAUGCAGUUUGUAAAAAUAAAACCUUUGGGUUGCCAGAUUCUGCCGUGCCUUA